AUUAAAAAGCAGCAGCAGGAUGUAUUAGGUUUCCUGGAAGCCAACAAAAUUGAAUUUGAAGAAAAGGAUAUCGCCGCCAAUGAGGAGAAUCGGAAAUGGAUGCGUGAGAACGUCCCUGAAGACAGCCGGCCAGCGAGUGGGAACCCGCUGCCGCCUCGGCUCUUCAAUGACAGCCGAUACCUCGGGGACUACGAAGCUUUCUUUGAGGCGCGAGAGAACAAUGCCGUAUACGCGUUUUUAGGCUUGACUGCGCCGCCUGGUUCAAAGGAAGCUGAAGCGCUGGCAAAGCAGCAAGCAUGAACUUCAACUGCCUUAAACGUUCUGUAAAGGGAAUUUCCACAGCUUUUUAUAAAGAUAGUACAAUUGUCUCUGCUUCAAGAAAUAUAGAUGUGAUUUCUAACAUUUGAUUGGUGCUUGCAGCAUUCACUGUACGUAAUACAAAUUCGAACGCAAGAUGAAAAUGUGUACGUAAAGGUAGAGGGCACGGAGCGUAUUCUUACAAAGUGGGAAACAUAGGAAUCUGAGGCGAUUGGACGUGAAUGAUUUUUACGUAGUUUAAACUGUCCCGGCAAUUCGUCAUAUUUGUGUAAACUUCCAGAAUCUAUUUUAGUACUAAUAAUACAGAUGGGGUUAUACCUAGAGAUCCGUCUAUUUAAAAUAUGGAAAACAAGCAACAGCAUCUAAACCCUUGUCAAAUACUAACUUUAACGCCUGAGUUGCCUCAAAAAACGUUACUGAAUUACACAGUAAUUUUUCAGUGUCUUUUCUGGUUUCAGGUGAAAUUGUAGGUGGUAUCGUGUAGUAUAGCCAUCGUAGUCACUUUUGAAAGUUGUGUUUGUUCUUUUUGUAGAAUGGUUAUUUAAGAUUUGUAUUGUAACACACUGUACAGACGAUAAAAAAAAAA